AGGUCGGGAAGACUCCGCUGUGUUCAGUCCCGGGUCUGCGGAUUCCCGCGGUCAUGUCGGCGUUGAGGCGUCUGGGGCCUUUCCUUCGCGAGGGGGGCCGGCGCUUCCUGGAGGGUCCGAGUGAGCGGACUACUGGUUGCGCCAUUGGAGGAGUCCGGCAUGCUGGAGGUGGUAUACACAUUAAACCCCGUUACCGGCAGUAUCCCCAACUGACAAAAUCUCAGGUGUUCCAAGCUGAGCUGUUAAGUGCUACAAUGUGGUUUUGGAUUCUCUGGCGUUUUUGGCAUGACUCGGAUGCUGUAUUGGGUCAUUUCCCAUAUCCAGAUCCUUCUCAAUGGACAGAUGAAGAAUUGGGUAUUCCCCCUGAUGAAGAGAACUAAAGCAGUGUCAUGACCACUACAAGUAGGUGCUACCAAGCACCUUGUUUCUCAGCAAUUACAACUAUCAUUUAAAUUUUUAAAAAAGGUUAAUGUUUCUUUUUCAAUCUCAUUGUCAUUCACAAUAAACAAUGCGCCUUCCUCCCAA